AUUUAAAACAUAAGCGUGUUUUCCAUAUAAGUACAGGAAGAAAAAUGAGUAAUACGAUAAUUAUAAGUUUCCUAUUAAAAUAUAUUUAAUCAAACGAAACAAAGCAUCAGGAAAUGAGCGUGAGCAUCAUUAUCCUGUUGCAAUGAUACAAGUAAUGUACAUUUAAAUUCAAGUAUAUACUUUACUUGAAAAAUAAAUUUCGGCUGUGCAAAUGAUCUUAAAAGUUAGCUGAAGACUAUAGUAGAAAUGGAUUUGAUCUACAUAUUGAUUUGCUUUCUGGUAUGGUGUAUUCUAGAAUCCCAGAGUCAAUCUUUUUGUGGUCCAAACGACAAACCCGUUAUCAACGUCUGCACUGACCAGGAUUUGACCAAAACAAGAAUUAUAUAUAUUGAUACUAUCAGCGUAACAGAUUUCCAGCAGACAUCAUGUGAAUGUGUUAUUACACCUAACACGCAUACAGUUCAGCUAAAUCUACAAUUAGUUUUUAUGUCUGGAAGAAAUGGUAUACAAUUUGAAAUAAAUAACAUAAGCGUAGGCAAAUUUUCUACGAAUGAUAAAACAGACAUAACGGGUGCUACGAAACUUUCAUUUUCUACACUUGAAAAUCAUGCAAAUGACGGAGUUUGUUUAGCCGUAUAUUCAGGUAAAAGUGAACUAUUAAAUAUUUCCUGUACACAAUCAACAAAGAAGGAGACAACAGUUCUGACCAGAACAUCGUCUAUAUCUCAAGGGAGUGAACUAGUCAACAUUUCAAGUACGAGAGCAACACGGGAGACAACUAUACCAAGUAGAACACCAUCGGUGUCUCAAGGGCGUGAAGUAGUCAACAUUUCUAGUACGAGAGCAACAAGAGAGACAACUAUACCAAGUAGAACACCGUCGGUGUCUCAAGGGCGUGAAGUAGUCAACAUUUCUAGUACGGGAGCAACAAGAGAGACAACUAUACCAAGUAGAACACCGUCGGUGUCUCAAGGGCGUGAAGUAGUCAACAUUUCUAGUACGGGAGCAACAAGAGAGACAACUAUACCAAGUAGAACACCGUCGGUGUCUCAAGCGCGUGAACUAGUCAACAUUUCUAGUACGGGAGCAACAAGAGAUACAACUAUACCAAGUAGAACGCCGUCGGUGUCUCAAGGAAGUACACUAGUCAACAUUUCUAGUACGGGAGCAACAAGAGAGACAACUAUACCAAGUAGAACGCCGUCGGUGUCUCAAGGAAGUACACUAGUCAACAUUUCUAGCACAAGAGCAACAAGGGAGACAACUUUACCGAGCAGAACACCAUCUAUAUCUCAAGACAGUAUAAUAAGAGAUGACAUAAACGUUGACAGUAUAACAAGGGAGAACACCAUUCAGUCAAACAAAACGUUAACAUCACAAGGGAGUCAAUUAACUUUAUACCUAAACAGAUCUACACUCUAUGCUUCGGUCGACACACAAAACAGUAUAGAAUCAUAUAACCGACUUUUUUGCAAACACGAACAACAACUUAUUGUUAAAGUAUGUACUGAUGACGAAGUGCUGAAUAAAAGAUUAAUGUUCAUUGAUACUGUGAGUGUUCCGAAACAUCAACGGACUGAAUGUGAAUGUCUUGUAACACCUUUAGAACGGGGUUUUACUUUGAGUUUAAAACUGCAAAAUAUAUCUGGAAGACGAAAUAUGCAAUUUCAAAUAAAAAAUAUUACAGUUGGAAAAUAUUAUAACAAUACAAAAACGAAUGUUACAGGUGCAACGAAACUUUUAUUUUCAACAACUGAAGAUCACCGAACAGAGGGACUUUGCUUAGCUGUUUAUUCGGAUGGCGCUUACUUCAAUAUGACUUGUAAGAGAUCAACAAGAGGAACAACAAGCCAGUCCAGUCCAACAUCAACAACAGGAGUCAACGCUAUUAUAAUUCCUACCGUGUCAGCAGCUUGUGGACUUCUUUUUGGAAUUGUUAUUGCUGUUGUCUGCGUUAUUGUCUACCAAAGGAAAAAGAAAGGGAAAGGAAGACAAGCCACUAUGAUAAUCCCCGCAGACGCAAAUGUGGAGAGUGAUUAUUAUAUGACUGAAAAUGCGAUGUACAAUAUGGGUGAGAUUUGCACGAGACAACCAACCAAUGAAAACGAACACAAUGAUGUUGCCAAUGAUGCCGAAGCAUAUGCCGGAGCAUCGCCAAGCCAUUAUGAUUGUAUCCAAGAAUCAACUGACAGAAACCAAUCUUCUGAAAACUCACCAAGCCAUGCUGUGUCAAACGAGUAUUCAACGUGUCUAAAAGCAGGUCAAGUCACUGCUGGUGGCUUAAACAAUAACACUUCAAAUAAUUAUCAAAAGUACCAACUAAAAGGUUCAAGAAUAAAUGGUGAUGAUAAUACGGUAUAUGACAGUACAAAGUCAACCAUUCCUCAGCAGGCGGUCGGAGAUAAUGAUUAUCAUCAUUUAGGUUCUGUUGGUUUGAAUAGAUUGAAUCUAACAUAUGAUAAAAUUGGUUAUACUGGUGUGGUUAAAAAUUAGACAAUUUUAAAUGAGGAAUAUAUAUAACAAGUAUUAGCAUUUCCAAAAAUGCUUGCAUUGCCAUUCAGCAAUGAAUAUAGAAAUGAUUUCAUUUCUCGCCUAAUACCUUACGUGUGGUCAAAACAUAAAACCAACAGAAAUAUUUGAUACACUCUACUAUUCUAUAAAAUAUAGUAAUAGUAUAUGAAACGAGUUAGUGACGAGGAUAUAACACUGGCUGGGGCGACAUCAAUGCAUGUUUCUGCUACAAAAUGUCGAGCCGUUAGACCGAUACAAUUGUUUUUCAGAAACAUCCCGAGAUGUCGCCCGAGCCAGUGUUAUACCCCCGUAACUAACGAGUGUCAUAACUAUAACUGUUUUAUCGCAUUUUCAUCGUUUUAUAGAAAUCAGAAAAAAAACGACAACAAAAAAGUGCAUUUCUCUCUCUUGUGCCCUUUCACUUUUUCAUCUUCUCACUCCCAGACAAAAUGAACCAAAACCAGCUAAUGAUGUCGUAAGCUACCUUACAGCUAUAUAUAAUAUUGAAAAACAACGUCAAAUGUUAGAGACGGAUUGUAAACUGAUAACUUGUGGAGAAAGUUAUUCGGAUUCAAGAUUUUAGGGCUUUAGAUCGUGUUUUCAAGUCGCAUCUUUUUAAAAUAUUGUAAAAUCAGCUGUUGUUUAUUAA